AUUUCAGCACUUUUUACGCAAAUUAUUAACCCCUUGGCCGUUAUUGUCCCCGUGCUACUGGCUGUAGCUUUCUUAACCCUCCUUGAACGAAAAGUACUCGGCUACAUACAACUACGGAAGGGUCCCAACAUUGUUGGGCCCUACGGACUUCUUCAACCAAUCGCAGACGGAGUGAAACUAUUCAUUAAAGAACCCAUUCGACCUUCUACCUCCUCCCCCCUUCUAUUUUUGCUUGCCCCCAUGUUGGCGCUUACCUUGGCCCUUACAUUAUGAGCCCCCAUGCCUCUUCCCUAUCCUGUCAUUGACCUGAACCUUGGGGUGCUUUUCGUCUUUGCCCUCUCCAGCUUAGCAGUUUAUUCCAUCCUUGGGUCAGGAUGAGCAUCCAAUUCAAAAUACGCCCUCGUUGGUGCACUACGAGCAGUAGCCCAGACCAUCUCUUAUGAAGUGAGCCUCGGCCUAAUUCUCCUCAGCGUAAUCAUCUUUGCGGGAGGCUUUACCCUUCAAACCUUUAGUGUAGCACAGGAGAGCACUUGACUAAUUUUGCCUGCCUGACCCUUGGCCGCAAUGUGAUAUAUUUCUACUUUAGCCGAAACCAACCGCGCCCCCUUCGAUCUAACCGAGGGAGAAUCUGAGCUUGUCUCUGGGUUUAACGUGGAGUACGCCGGAGGCCCUUUCGCCCUAUUUUUUCUGGCAGAAUAUGCAAACAUCCUACUUAUAAAUACGCUAUCCGCAAUCCUCUUUAUGGGGGCCUCACAUUUCCCCUCCCUCCCCGGACUAACCACCACAAACCUUAUAUUAAAAGCAGCCCUCCUCUCGGUUGUGUUUCUCUGGGUUCGAGCCUCCUACCCUCGAUUCCGGUACGACCAAUUAAUGCACUUAAUUUGAAAGAAUUUUCUUCCACUAACUUUGGCCUUAGUAAUUUGACAUUUGGCGAUCCCCAUCGCAUUUACUGGGCUCCCCCCUCAACUAUAG